CAAUAUUUGAUGGGAUUGCGACCUUUUCUUUCUCUUACCAAGGUUGGGUUUUGCAAUUUUGUUUCUGAGAUAAGGCAGCCGGAUCUCUUCCACCAAAGGGAUAAUUUUGCAGAUCCUCGGCAUCCAUCGACGGCAUUGUUGGAACAAAUAGCGCCUUUAUUGAAGCAAUGACUUCUAUGGUCAUCAACUUUUCCUGCAAUGUUCAAGCAAUCAAGGGCUUAGAUUGUACAAAAUCAGUUGGUUUUAAACCCAACGUAAAUUCAAAUGUUGUCCUUUCUCGUCCGGCAAACCAAACUCGCCGCUCAUUGAUUUUGAGAGCAAGUGAAAGGCGUCACGAAUCAAUUAAAAAAACGGGUAUGACUGAUGAUGAAUGUGAAGCAGCUGUGGUGUCUGGAAAUGUUCCUGAAGCACCUCCAGUCCCCCCUAAACCCGCCUCUCCAGCUGGAACCCCUGUUGUUCCUUCACUCCUCCUUAAUAGGCGUCCUCGCAGAAAUAGACAAUCACCUGCACUUAGAGCAGCCUUUCAGGAGACUCACUUAUCACCAGCUAAUUUUGUGUAUCCUCUUUUUAUUCACGAAGGGGAGGAGGAUACUCCUAUCGGGGCUAUGCCUGGAUGCUAUCGGCUAGGAUGGAGACAUGGACUCGUUGCAGAGGUGGCAAAAGCACGAGAUGUUGGUGUUAAUAGUAUAGUGCUCUUUCCCAAAGUACCCGAUGCUUUGAAGACUUCUGCAGGGGAUGAAGCAUACAACGAAAAUGGAUUAGUUCACAGAUCUAUAAGGUUGCUGAAAGACAAGUAUCCGGAUCUUGUUAUCUACACUGAUGUUGCUUUGGAUCCAUAUUCAUCUGAUGGACAUGAUGGUAUCGUGAGGGAAGAUGGUGUCAUAAUGAAUGAUGAGACUGUUCAUCAGUUGUGCAAACAGGCUGUUUCACAGGCACGAGCAGGAGCAGAUGUGGUGAGUCCCAGCGACAUGAUGGAUGGUCGUGUGGGGGCCAUUCGUGCAGCUCUUGAUGCUGAAGGUUUCCAUCACGUGUCUAUAAUGUCAUAUUCGGCCAAGUAUGCAAGUUCAUUCUAUGGUCCUUUUCGAGAAGCUUUGGAUUCAAACCCGCGAUUUGGGGACAAGAAAACUUAUCAGAUGAAUCCAGCUAAUUAUAGGGAGGCUCUGGUUGAGGCAGGUGAAGAUGAGGCUGAAGGGGCAGAUAUACUGUUGGUGAAACCAGGGCUUCCUUAUUUGGAUAUCAUCAGACUUCUUAGGGACAAGUCUUCUUUGCCUAUAGCUGCAUAUCAGGUUUCGGGUGAGUACUCGAUGAUCAAAGCUGGAGGUGUCCUUAAAAUGAUUGACGAAGAAAAGGUGAUGAUGGAGUCCCUUAUGUGCCUAAAACGGGCUGGCGCUAACAUUAUACUCACUUACUUUUCCCUACAAGCAGCCAGAUGUUUGUGUGGUGAGACGAGAUAGACGAUUGAAAAGAUUAUACUCACAACUCUUAUCAUGAGAAUGUUUAUGAUUUUGUUUGUUGCUGCUGUAAACUAAUUGUUUGUUGUUAAUCAUGGAAGUUUAUGUUAAUAAAAAAGUGUCUUGUCUUUAAUUUAGACAAUAAUAAGAAUGCUGGAAUGAUUGAGGGAUUGUCAUGUCUAAUUCUGAUUUUGUUGUUGAUUUGUUUC